AUGAUAGUAAAUAAAAUUUUAUUUCUAUCAUUUUUAGUUAUAUUUUUUUUAUCAAGAUUUACCCAAACACCCCAAUUAAAUCCAAGUUCUUCAAUUUGCAUUCCAGGUACUAAAAUAAACUAUAAACUAUUAACUAAAAAUAGAACUUUUUUAAAAAAUUUUCCAAACUCAACUCCAACUUAUAUUUGGAAUCCAAAAGUUGGAAAUACAUCCAUUGUUGAUGUCAAUUCUAAAGGUGUUAUUUCUAAUAAUAAUUGUGCUAGAUCUGUUGUCAUUGUUCAAGAACCAGACCAAAUUGUUUUUUCAUCAUCUCAAGUAGAGGUCGAAGUUGGUAAAAAAUUAGUACUCUCAACUAAAUUAUUAUCAAAUCAUUUACCAAAUGGAGUUCAUUUCGAAUCUUGCUCAAUUAAUAAUUUAGAAUGGAAAGUUAAAGAUGAUUCCAUUUUCAAAAUUUUACCACAUGAAAAGGUCGACCAACAAAAGAUAUCAAGUGACAUAUGUUCAUCUCGUGAAUUUUUGGCUCUAAAAGAAGGCUCAACUGUUAUUUCAGUUCAAUACAAUGGAAUGAGAGAAGAAAUUCGUAUUUUUGCUUCUCCACCAGCUGAUCAAAUAGAGUUUUUAUUAAGUUUAGGUUCGUCGGCCGAGGUUUCUUUCUGUGGUGGUAAAGAGACAUGGCUUUUACAACCAAAGAUUUAUUCCAAAUUUAUUUCAUCAGAUAAUAAAGAACAAAACUCACUCUCAAUCACUCCAGGUGAUAAUAAUUCAUUCAAAGUCACUUGUCAAAAACAAUCAAAUGAUCCACAAAAUGUUAUUGUGACUAUUAGAAACAAAAAGAGUAUUAGCAGCCCAUUACCAGAAGCCCGUUCAAUUAAAAUUCCAUUCUUUUGCCGUCAACCAUCAUAUGUUCAUAUUCAAUUUAUAAAAUUACCAACUGAAGAAGAAGGUAAACAAAAAUCACGUGAAAUCAGUUGUUUAAAUAUUCAUAAUAAUAGUGAUUUACCAUUUAUUGCUAUGAAUUCUAUUGCUAAAUAUGUAAAAGGUAGUACCAGUUAUCCAAUUAUAGUUGCAGGUUCCAUCUUUAUUGCCACCUUUGCUAUUGUCACAAAGUCGCAGAAACUCAAAGACUUUCAAAGUCUUUCAAUCUCGAGAAUAUCAGAUAAAGCAAAAUUCAAAUCAAUUACAAGUUCAUGUAAAAAUUCAAAAGCGUUAAUGGAUGUACCGUUCAGCUCUUAUAGACGCUAG